AUUGUGAAACUUAAAAUCCAGACAACUCCAGAUUCCAGAGUGAGUACGCAGUACGCGAAUCCCGCAUUCACAGAGAGAGAGAGAGAGAGAGAGAGAGAGAGAUGGCAGAGAGAGAAGAAAAGGUCGAAAGCACCGAAAUUGUUGUGAGCAGUGAUGGCGAAGUGCGAAGAAACAGUAAUCCCAACCCCAUUUUCUCUUUCUUCCAGAAGCUUCAGUUGUUCAUAUUCCCUCCUCCAUUGAAGCGAGACGACGCAAAAUCAAAGUCUGUUGUUGUCUCGUCGGAGCAACCAAUGAGCACAAUCGGUGAUGAAUCCGUGAAAGAGGAGGUUAAGCCUGUCGCAGUGAAGGUUCCGAACCCUUGCCCCGACAUGCCUUCGUUGAAGCUCCAAGCCGACGAAUGUGACCAAAACACCAACCCUAUUGUUCUCUGGCAGGUGUAUGCCAUUGGAGGGUUCUUUAUUUUAAGGUGGGCGUUGGCAAGAUGGAAAGAGAGGAUGGCCAAAAAGAAGUUGGCUGAUGAAGAGACGUCUGAUGAUGAAGAGUCACAUGAUGAAGUUUCAGCUGAUGAGUAGUCCUUGGGUUAUAAUGGGGGUAUACUUACCGUGUGGCAUUUUAUUCUGCUUCCCAACUCUUUUUGAAUGUAUACUUCUCCUAGUUUGUGGACUAAGACCACCUUUAUUUUGUUGUAUAUUGGUGGCAGACACUUUUGUUUCAGCUUUGAUAGCCUUUGAGCUUUUCAAUGGUUUUACAGGUUUGCUUCUCAGCUGAUGAA